CUCCUCUCUCUCUCUCUCUCUCUCUCUCUCUCUCUCUCUCGCAGAGAUAUUCUCAGGAUCUUCGCUCCUACGAUUCGUCCUCUCAAUCAUCAUCUCCCUUUAUUCGCCGCAAAUCUCCUCUCAAAACCCUACCUUUUGAUCCUUUUUUUGUGUGGUAUUAUUGGUGGUAGUAGUUGUUGUUGUGGGUAGUGGGGUGUUGUUGUAGUGAACUACGAGGAUUCUUCGUGUGUGGUGAGGGGGGCAGGGGUUGUGGUGUGGAGUGGUUUGGGAUUCUUAGGAGGAAACGCCAUGUGCGUCGAGGACUUGGAGAACGCCGCGGAGAGGGUCGAGAGGUUGGAUUUCUCAGAUUCCCAGAUCGAGAAAACCCCCGAUUUCGCCAAAUCCCAGAUGGAGAAAGCGUGCGAGAACACCGAGGCUGCGGAGGGCAGGCAAAACCAUUUAAGCAAUUUUGUCCCGAUUAUCCGGUCGGGGGAUUGGUCGCAUAUCGGCAGCCGUCAGUACAUGGAAGAUACUCAUGUGUGCAUCUCCGACCUAGCUGAGAAGUUCGGUUAUCAAUCCGUGGCCGGGGAAGCUGUUUCCUUCUAUGGGGUGUUUGACGGGCACGGAGGAAAAGGCGCUGCCCAUUUCGUGCGCGACAAUUUACCGAGAGUCAUCGUUGAGGACGCCGAAUUUCCUCUCGAUCUCGAGAAGGUAGUUGCAAGGUCAUUCGUGCAAACCGAUACGCAGUUCGCAACGACCUGCUCUCUUCAGUCGACGCUGUCUUCCGGCACGACCGCAUUAACUGCAAUGAUUUUUGGAAGAUCUUUGCUGGUCGCCAAUGCCGGCGACUGCCGUGCAGUCCUCUCCCGCGUCGGCACGGCCAUCGAGAUGUCGAAGGACCACCGCCCGUGCUGCCUCAGGGAACGUAAGCGCGUCGAAUCCCUCGGCGGUUUCGUCGACGACGGCUACCUCAACGGCCAGCUCGGCGUCACCCGCGCCCUCGGGGACUGGCACCUCGAGGGCAUGAAGGAGGGGAGCGGCGACCUGCGCGGGCCCCUCAUCUCUGACCCGGAGCUCAAGCUGAUCACGCUAACCAGAGACGACGAGUUCUUGAUAAUAGCGAGCGACGGGCUCUGGGACGUCUUCUCGAACCAGAACGCGGUCGACUUUGCCCGGCGCCAGCUCCAGGAACACAACGACGUGAAGCUGUGCUGCAAGGAGCUGAUCGACGAGGCGAUAAAGAGAGGGGCCACGGACAACCUCACGAUCAUACUGGUGUGCUUUCAUUUGGAUCCGCCGCCGCAGAUAAGAGUGAAUCUGAGGACUCGAGUCGCGCGGAGCAUAUCGGCUGAGGGGCUUCAUAGCCUUAGGCUCCUCUUGGAAGGUAAAUGAAGGGGAACACUCACUACUUUAAAAAUCGGAAAACUCGAGUCGUAUUUGCGCGUAAUUGCAGUGGAUAUUUAAAUCUUUUGUCGUGGAAAAUUGACAUAAAUAUAUGAUAAUUCUAUUGAGAAAACCUUGUAUAAAACUGCCCUAUUCUCUUUUGAAGGGAUUGUAAAUUAUAUAUAUAUAUAUUAAAAAAAAAAAAGAAAAAAAAGUGGUGGGAGUGUGUGGUGGUGCAUCCAGUGGGCUCUGUGAGCUUAUUUCUGGGAUGUUCAUACUUUGAUCAUACAUAAUUUUUUUCUUUUCUUUUGUAUUUGAGAAAAGAAAGAGAACCUUCAUCAGUGUAAUUAAUGAUCUGUAGAUUGAACAAUCAGUGAUCACUGAUUUAAUAAAAAUUUGGUAAUUUGUUUAGUUUGUAA